GCAUCACCAACCCCCUGGCGUGGCUCCGCACCCGCUUCUACUACCUACUCAUCCGCCUCUACUUCGACUCGGAGUUCAGCAUCGAGGAGUUCACGCGCGGCGCCAAGCAGGCUUUUUCUGUUGUUUCACAGCUGCUGUCUCAGCGUAAACUUGACUUGCUGGACGGCCUGGUUUCAGCAGAGGUACUUCAGAUGUUGAAGGAAAAGAUUUCUUCACUCUCUGAGAACCAUAGGGAUGCUUUAGCAGCUGACAUGGAUGCAAUCAUGUACACAACAGAAGGAGAUGUUCGCAUUUACUACGAUGAUGAUGGAAGAAAGUUUGUCAGUAUCUUGAUGCGUUUCUGGUAUCUGAAUGGUGCUAACUUACCUGAUGAAGUACCAGGUGAAACCAAAGUCUUCCAGAUUGUGUUUGGAGACGAAAGCACUAAGGAAAAAAGACAUAUUUUAACAGCAAACUAUGAGUUCCAAAGGGAAUUUACAGAAGGAGCAAAACCAGACUGGACAAUUACACGAAUUGAACAUCCAAAGCUAUUAGAAUAAAUGCUUUCUGCAGAAUCUUUACAUUAUAAAUGUUCUGUUGUUACAAAUAUCAGAUAUUUUGGUCUAUUUUUUUUUUCCUCUUUUCCAAAAGGGGGGAAGAACUUUGUAUGUUUGAUUUACCCAAAAUUGUUUCUGAAGUUUACACUAUGCUGAGACUUUGCAAUAAAGCCUUUUCCAUGGAACAGGCUGGUACAGAUUUAGUUGGUACAAGUGCUCAUCCAGGGCAUUUAGAUGGCACAUUUUCACAAAGGCCAGUAUAAUGGGGAUGCUGACUUCUUUUAUUCUGAGAAGAAAGAAAUGCUACUACAACACUUUCAUGGCUGCUGACCCUUCUAAAUUACCUUCAUAUGUUUGUUUCCCCAGGGACUGUGCAGUAUGUAACUGAAUAAUAUGCGAGAUGAAAUAGCAGUAGAUGGGUUUCUUAGAUUGUCUAUCUUCAACAGUUCAGUUUGAGGUAAUGUCAUUAUUGAAUGUAUUUGAGAUUAGGAAACUUAGAGCCAUUAUUAGUGUUUGGUGUGAGAUUGGAAUUUAAAAAAUCUCUUUAACAUCACACUGGGAAAAUGGAUCGUAGAUUUUUUUAUAAUAAAAAUGAUAUUCCUUUCAAUUCAGUAACUCGCAGAUAAUUCCAAGUUCAGAAGUUUGUGUUAGAAUAAUCAGUCUAAAACUUGAAUUUAAGAGGACCUGAUACCAUAGCUAAAUGAAUUCUUGGAACUGCUUGUAGAAGAAAUGAGCAAAUCAUUAUAUAACGACAUAGAAAAUCUAAAAUCCCUUUUAAAAAUCUUGUACAGUUGUUAGAUGGUAAUGGGCAUAAGCACAGCACAGGUGGUCAGGGUGCAGAGGGGAGCUGUGUUUCAAUACUGGCCACUUCUGAAGCAGUUCAAACCCCUUCAUAUGGUGCCAAUAUCUCUUUUUCAUUUACACUGUAUUGUGUUCCAGCUCCAAAACCCUAUGGUUGACCUUGAGUUUCCCCUCUGGUGCUUUCUGCCAGCAGCUCCAGGUGGGGCCAUUCUCUAUGACUUUGUAGUAGAACACAUUUUUUACAUCUCAUCUUGUCCAGGCUGGCUCUAGGGCUACUGCAUGAACUAUCUUUUGUUUAAUUUGUACAAAGGCUUGUUGUUGCUCAGGGCCUUAUGUAAAAUCGUUUUUCUGGGUCACUUGGUAGAAGGGGGGUUACGGUUAGACUGUAAUCCAGUGCAUGCAUUGUCCAGAAAUCCACAACACAUAAAAAAGCUUGUGUUUCCUUUUUGCUAGUUGGUGGGGAUGUAGCAGUUAUUUUGUUGAUCACAUCUACAAGGAUCUGAUGAACUGGACUUCCUGACCCUACUUUGCAUUACGACAAAACUGGUUUUCAGAAUUGAGUUAUAUUACUUAUAUAUUACAUGUUAUAUAUGUAAUGUGAUAAUCUUUUUCUAAGACUUUCUCCAUGUUUUGGCAUAACAAAGAAUAGUGACUUCUCGGUUGGUUUUCUGUGGUCAUGAGAUGAAAUUGAGUACAUUUGGAGGGACUGAGGAUUUGAUGAAUGUACUUUUCUCAUAGAUCACAACUAAGGUCAAGCAAGAUAAAUAUUUCUUAAAGCAUUAACCUAAUGAUGUGAGAUACGUUUGUAAUGCAAGUCAUAGUCUGUAGCCUCUGUAGUCUCUGUUCCAUUCCUCUCAUUCCUGAAGUAAACAUUUCUUUUUCAUAAAAGAAUGAAUUAGUCAA